CCUAAAAAAAUAGUGUUCUGAUAUACUUUAAGAGCUUGGCAUUAAAAUAGAAAUAACUAGAAAACAAUGCAGAAUUUAAAAAAACUUUAUCAGAGAUAAUUUGUAGGAAAUAAAAUUGUCUACAAAAAAGAAUCCAUGGCAUUUUAUGAUAAGUCCGAUGAUUUCGCCGGAAAAGUAAAAAGAUUUCAAAAUUCACUCUAACUUGACUUCGAGGUCCAAAAACUUUUGAACAGAUGGAUUUAUCAAAAAAUGAUAAGAGACUUUUUUUGGAGAGCGUUAUAUUCCCUACAAAAAUGUAUGCUGGGCUUAUUCUUACAAUGAGCCAUUGCCGAGAGAAGUUGAGAGAUUUACAGGCUGUAACUCACCUAGAGCUCCUAUCAUUAUUGAGUGGUGAACCAGUUAUACGUCAUCCCCGGAGCGAGAGCUUAAAAAGAGAUGAAGCGAUUAAAAAUGCUUGGCUACUAUAUGAUAGCAACAUUUUAGAUAUACCGAAUUUCCUAGCUUAUGCUAGUUAUUUUCUAACACCAACAUAUCUACAAGAAAAUUUGAAUGAUAUGGACGGUAGAACAGACGACGAGGAAGAAAUUUCCGAAAUAGAAGGUAUCAUUCUUCGACCAAUGGAGGAGUACCUUAGGAUGGAAGUCUUCCAAGAAUUAAAUUUAAUUAUUGAAAAUGAAUAAAUUAUACUUUUAAUUUUAUAUCAAUAUAUGAAAAAAUAAAUCAAUUAUUUUCCUUAAAAAAAAAAAAAAA